CAAAGUCUCCGUCUACUUUAAGCGCUGCGAGGCAUCUCGCGAGGCACAGAGCAACAGCGCCUCUCGCUCUCUUUCCCAACAAAACAGCAGCUCCUCUGCGAAAGUUUUCUCUCGUCCUAUCUUCCCAGAAAAGGCACCUCGCCAAGUACUAUUCGCGGCCUUGCUACCUCAACAACUACCUUCAAUCAAGAGAAAGAGAGAGAGAGAGAGAGAGAAUAUGGCGAGGUCGUCGUCAUCGUCUUCAAGCACUGCUAAGGAUGCCCAGGCUCUUAUACAAUCCCUCCGAUCUGCUUAUGCUGCAACCCCCACCAACCUUAAGCUCAUAGAUUUGUACGUUGUUUUUGCAGUCCUCACAGCCUUGAUCCAGGUUGUAUACAUGGCAAUAGUUGGAUCAUUUCCAUUCAACUCUUUCCUUUCUGGAGUUCUUUCUUGUGUAGGCACUGCUGUUAUUGCAGUUUGUCUCAGGAUUCAAGUCAACAAAGAGAACAAGGAAUUCAAGGAUCUUGCACCUGAACGAGCUUUUGCAGACUUUGUUCUAUGCAAUCUAGUCCUCCAUCUGGUUAUUAUGAACUUCCUGGGCUAGAAGUAUAGCAUCUCAUACCGAAUGGUUAUGGUAUCAUGGAUAUUAAACUAUGAGAAAAGAACUGGCAAAUUUGAGUUCAUGGAUAUUAAACUAUGAGAAAAGAACUGGCAAAUUUGAGUUAAAUUUGGGUAUCUACAAAAUUUUUGGAUGUUACAUUUAGCUUUGUUUAAUCACAGAGGGUUUGCUAAGCUGGCCAUGAAA